AUGGAGUAUGUCAGCGCCCUUCGCGGCAACCCUUUCGAUGAGGGGAAGCCGUCACUGUUCGAACUGCUCUCGGAGCAACAGCUCGCCGGCUUGCUGCCACCGACAAUCCGCUACCUCUUGACCGUCGCGACCCAGCGUUAUCCGCGCUACCUGUUGCGCGCUCUCAACUCCUUCGAUGAGCUGUAUGCCCUCGCCGCCCUCAUAGUCGAGCGAUACUACCUUCGCACCCGCGGAGGCUCCUUCACCGAGCACUUUUACGGCUUAAAGCGCGAGCGCGCCUCGACCGUCUCCACCGCCGAUCUCCCCCGUGCCUCUUCGGCCGCCCCGACCAUCGUCCGCGAGACCUUGCGCCUCAGGACCUCGGACAUAUGGAAGAACCUCGCCGUCCUGGUUCUGUUCCCCUACGUCAAGCGGCGACUGGACGAGGCUCACGAGAUUGACGCCCCCCGUGCUACGCUCCUGGGCUCCGCCUACAAUCAGCCACCGCUGCCCGGCGCACCGCUGCGCGAGAAGCUCGAGUUCUACUACAGGUGGUUCCUCCGCCGCAUCUACCCGAGCCUAAACGCCGGCUACCACUUUGCCACGCUGGCCUUCAGCCUGGCCUACCUGUUUGACAACAGCCGCUUCCACAGCCCGCUGUUAUGGCUGGUGGGCACGCGCAUCCGCCGCAUGAGCGCGGCCGACUACCAGGCCAUUGAGGCCCUGGAGAAAGGAGAGAUAGGGCCGGAAGCGGGCCACCCACCAGGUCCGAGGUCACUGCUCUCGCCGGCCGGAUUGGCAUCUAAAGUCCUCUCGGGCCUCUCCCUGGCCCUGCCAACCAGCAUCAUAUUGCUCAAGUUCCUCGAGUGGUGGUAUGCAUCUGACUUUGCCAAACAGCUUUCUCGCCGGGCGGCAGAGGGCAUCGAGCUGCCGCCGCCCAUCGUCGCGGGACUCGGAGUGCCGGGGCGGCAGAGUUCGAAGGGGGCGACAGGCGCAACGGGGUCCUCGAUUCCUGGUGCUUCGGCGCGAGCGGACGAGAAGAAGACGGAGGGAGACUCGGAAGAAGACACCCAGGAGCCGCGGGCAGAGGAUGCACCCAUCGCGGCGACGUCGCUACUGCCCAUCCUGACGGUGCCACCGCCGGCCGAUAUGGACCUGUGUCCAAUCUGCGGCGACGACAUCACAACCGCAACGGCCUGCCAGACGGGAAUAGUGUACUGCUACGUCUGCAUACACAAGUGGGUCGCAGGCGAGCACCCAAAGCAAGAAGCCUUCAUGGCGAUCGGCAGGGCUGGAAGGUGGGAGAGCGGCGCAGGUAGAUGUGCCGUGACGGGCAGGCGAGUCCUCGGGGGCACCGAGGGGCUGCGCAGGAUAAUGGUGUAA